GACAAUGACGCCUUCUCGACAAGGACUCACGCAAGAGCGAGGCCCUUUUACAAAAGCACUGGAAGCGGUCGACUUGAUGGAUCUCAAGAACUGUUGUGCAACUCUCUCGACACAAGAGCCAGUAUCUCCUACGUUGGCUACUGAGAGAUGGUCUUCUCAUCAUCAAAGAAAGCCCAAGAGGCCGAGGUGAAGGAUCCCUCAGCCUUUGUGGACCAUGAAACGGCAAGCGACGACGGACACGAUGUCUACCAGACCAGCGAAGGCCGCCGACAGAUCGGUCUUGUCAGCGCCAUCUUCCUCAUCUUCAACCGAAUGAUCGGUACCGGAAUUUUCGCCACGCCUUCGAGCAUCCUGUCAAGCAGCGGAAGUGUUGGACUUGCGCUAUUCAUCUGGGUAGCUGGUCUGAUUAUCGCUGCUGCGGGUAUGGCCGUAUACCUCGAAUUCGGCACAGCACUCCCCAGAAACGGUGGAGAGAAGAACUACCUGGAGCACGUGUUCAAAAAGCCCAAGUUCUUGGUCACUGGUCUUUACACCGGUUACGUCGUACUUUUGGGAUGGGCUGGCUCGAACAGUGUCGUCUUUGGCGAGUACAUUCUAAACGCAGCACAGGUUCCCGUCAACCGAUGGAACCAGAGAGGCAUCGGUCUUGCCUGUAUCACUUCUGCUUUCCUCAUCCACGGUCUUGCUCUCAAGUGGGGCCUCCGCCUACAAAAUAUCCUGGGCGUUAUCAAGCUCAUCAUCCUUCUCAUCAUUGUCUUUGCUGGAUUCGCCGCCCUUGGAGGUCAUCUGCGCAUUGAGAAGCCUAACAACUUCGACAACGCUUUCGAAGGUACUACGGGCUCGGCUUAUGGAGUUGUGACUGCGCUAUACAAUGUCAUUUGGUCAUUCAUCGGUUACAGCAACGCCAACUAUUCCAUGAGCGAGAUGAAGAACCCUGUCCGUACUCUCAAGAUCGCCGCACCGACAGCAAUCAUGAUCGUCGGUGUUCUCUACCUUCUCGCAAACGUCGCCUACUUUGCCGCAGUCCCUAAGGAGGAUAUUGUCAGCAGCGGACGCAUUCUCGCAGCCCAGUUCUUCCGCAACGUGUUCGGACCCAGGGCUGAACGCGCAUUGAGUGUGUUUAUCGCCCUCUCUGCUUACGGAAACGUGCUUUCUGUCAUCUUCUCCCAGGGUAGACUCGUUCAAGAGCUUGGUCGUGAGGGUAUCCUGCCUUUCUCCAGGCUUUGGGCUAGCAACAAGCCUUUCAACGCUCCAUUCAUGGGUCUUUUCGAACACUGGGCCGUCUCAGUCAUCAUUAUGCUUGCCCCUCCUCCGGGUGACGCGUAUAAUUUCAUAUUAAAUUUGAUCGCAUACCCAUUGUCGGUCGUCAACGUUUUCGUUUCGAUCGCACUGAUUUGGAUUUACACCCACAAGGAGGAAUUUCAGUGGAACCCUCCAGUCAAGGCUACCCUUCCAGUCGCCAUUUUCUUCUUCCUCAGCAACGUCUACCUGGUCAUUGCACCCUUUGUUCCUCCUCCUACUCCUGAGCAGAAUCAGUACACUUCUCUGCCAUACUACCUUCACUGCGUUGUUGGUAUGGCUAUCAUUGCAGCUGGAGGCAUCUAUUGGCUCUUCUGGGCUGUUCUCCUGCCAAAAAUUGGAGGCUACAGAUUGGAGAAAGAGGUACACAAGGAUGCCGAAGGUUGGACACGCAAUGUGUUCAUCAAGGUUCCAAACCACCAAGCGCCUAUUGAAGGCUCUAGCUUCUAAGCACACCACGACUUUAACAGUUCUUUUAAUGACGGGUUACGAAAAGCAUUGAUUAUUUUAUUAUUAUUUAGAGAUACCCCCACGAUUUCAACCAUCGUACCUUCUAUACGGCGUAUAAAAACCACGUCUGCAUCAAAUAUAAACAUUUACAAAC